AUGACCCCUCGCCCCCCUACCACCCCCUCUCGCCCACAGAGGUCAAUGACCUCCGCGCGGUGUUCCCCUCCACCCCCUCGCCCACAGAGGUCAAUGACCCCUCGUCGGCCCCCCCUCCACCCACCCCCCCUCGCCCAACAGAGGUCAAUGACCCCUCGCCCACCUCGCCCCCCUCCACCUCCAGAGGUCAAUGACCUUUCAAGGUCAUUCGAUGACCUUGACUUUGGAUUUCAAGAAAUGGAUUCUGAAACAGUCGUUGACUUGACACAAUCCGAAGAGCAUUCUUCAAUACUACGUAAGCUUCUAAGUACUCCUCCACCUCCACCACUUAAACAGCAACAGCAAACAGCAACAGCAACAGAAACAUUGUAUGACGACUCAAGUUGUUAUGACGAAACGUUCUUACAACUGAAGGUCAAGGCUAUUAAGUGA